AUGCUGACACUUGUGGCUGUAGUUGUAUCCGUGUGCCUGGUCACCGGCAGUGUGGAGAAGGACUGGGCCAAGUUCAAGGCCAAGUACCGGAAGAACUACACCGGCACGGAGGAUGGAAUGAGGAUGAACGUCUGGCAGCGGAGCCACAAGACCAUCAGUGACCACAACAAGAUGUACGCUCGCGGACAGAGGAGCUACUUCCUCAAGGCCAACAAGUACUCAGACCUGACCAACGAAGAAUUUACAGCUCUACUCAAAGGUUUGGGUCAGAAUACAUCACUCCCAGCCGCAAGAGGCCGCACAUCAUCACGGGCGCUGACGGCGUCUCUCCCGGCGGCCGUUGAUUGGCGCAAACAAGGUUUCGUCACAGCGGUCAAAGAUCAAGGUCAGUGCGGGUCAUGCUGGGCUUUCUCGGCGACCGGGGCCAUCGAGGGUCAGCUGUUCAACACCACGGGAAAGUUGAUCAGCCUGUCGGAGUCCAACCUGGUCGACUGCUCAAGGCCGUGGGGUAAUCUAGGCUGUAGUGGUGGGUUUAUGACCCAAGCUUUCCAAUACGUCAUCGACAACAAGGGUAUCGCUACACAGGCCAGCUAUCCUUACGUUGCUAGGGACAGAACCUGCGCCUUCAGUCGAGCAACCGUAGGGGCGAGGAUCAAAUCUUUUGUCAAUGUAGCCAGGGGCAGUGAGAGUGCUCUCAUGCAAGCCGUGGCCACUGUUGGACCAGUGAGUGUUGCUAUCGAUUCCAGCAGGGAUUCGUUCCGCCUCUACGGGGGCGGGAUCUAUGACGACGUGACGUGCAGCUCCAACCGACUCGACCACGCCGUUCUGGCUGUUGGAUAUGACACGAGUGCCGGCAAGGAUUACUGGAUUGUGAAGAACAGUUGGGGUAAAACCUGGGGCCAGUCAGGCUACAUCUUCAUGUCCAGAAACAAGAACAACCAAUGUGGUAUAGCCAGUCUGGCGAGCUACCCACUCAUGUAGUUUACAG